CUAUGGUCUCCACUUCCGGCCGCGCGACUUCCGGGUGGGUGGUUCCGUCGUGCUAACCGCCUGGUGCCGCCCGCACCGGCUCCGCCGUUUGCCCCCCGCACCGGGGCUUGGGCCGCCAUGGGCGCCUACCUGUCCCAGCCCAACACGGUGAAGAGCUCCGGGGACGGCGCCGGGCUCGGGCCGCGCCCGCUGCACUUCGGCUUCAGCGCCAUGCAGGGCUGGCGCGUCUCCAUGGAGGAUGCCCACAACUGCAUUCCUGAGCUGGACAGCGAAACAGCCAUGUUCUCUGUCUACGAUGGACAUGGAGGAGAAGAAGUCGCCCUGUACUGUGCCAAGUACCUUCCUGAGAUCAUCAAAGACCAGAAGGCCUACAAGGAAGGCAAACUUCAAAAGGCCCUGGAAGACGCGUUCUUAGCCAUAGACGCCAAGCUCACCACUGAGGAGGUGAUCAAGGAGCUCUCCCAGAUGGCUGGGCGGCCUCAGGACGAUGAGGAUGAGAAGGAGAAGGUUGCUGAUGAAGAUGACGUGGACAAUGAGGAAGCUGCUCUGCUGCACGAAGAAGCCACAAUGACCAUCGAGGAGCUUCUCACGCGCUAUGGACAAAACUGCACCAAGAACCUCAAAACCAAGCCUGCGUCUCCAGCCGUGGAGAGCGCUGCGGAGGCGACAGGCAAGCAGCACGACGGGGAGUCAAACAUGAACGGAGAGGCUGCCCCCACGGAGCUUCCCGACCACAAGGAGAGGAAGAACGGGAAGCCAGAGGAAGAAAUCACGGGUAUUUCCUCCACCUCAGAAAAAGCCAGCGCUGGAGGCAACAGCCCUGCUCUGCAGAAGCCUGAACUGGGCAAAGGUGACGAGGCCGUCACCUCUUCUACCGGGGAGGCCGGGCCCUCCUGCUCCUCUGCGGGAAAGCCCCAGCGCACAGCCAAAUCCAAAUUUUUUGAGGACAGUGAGGAUGAGUCAGAUGAGGUUGAGGAAGAGGAGGAAGACAGUGAGGAAUGCAGUGAAGAUGAGGAUGGCUACAGCAGCGAAGAGGCAGAGAAUGAAGAUGAUGAGGAUGACACUGAAGAAGCAGAGGAGGAUGAGGAUGAAGAGGAGGAAAUGUUGUUACCAGGCAUGGAGGGGAAAGAGGAGCCCGGCUCCGACAGCGGGACAACGGCUGUUGUGGCGCUGAUCCGAGGCAAGCAGCUGAUCGUGGCAAAUGCUGGCGACUCCCGCUGCGUGGUGUCGGAAGGCGGCAAAGCUGUCGACAUGUCGUACGACCACAAACCGGAGGAUGAGGUGGAGCUGGCCAGGAUAAAGAACGCUGGUGGCAAGGUCACCAUGGACGGGAGAGUCAACGGCGGCCUCAAUCUCUCCAGGGCGAUUGGCGAUCACUUCUACAAGCGGAACAAGAACCUGCCUCCAGAGGAGCAGAUGAUCUCUGCCCUGCCCGACAUCAAGGUGCUGACGAUAAACGACGACCACGACUUCAUGGUCAUCGCGUGCGAUGGAAUCUGGAAUGUGAUGAGCAGCCAGGAAGUGGUAGAUUUCAUCCAGUCCAAGAUCACCCAAAAGGAUGAGAACGGAGUCCUGAGGCCGCUCUCCUCCAUUGUGGAAGAGCUGCUGGAUCAGUGCUUGGCUCCGGACACCUCAGGGGAUGGCACCGGCUGCGACAACAUGACCUGCAUCAUCAUCAGCUUCAAACCCCGUAACACACACCCGCCUCCCGAGAGCGGGAAGCGGAAACUGGAAGACACGGCAGCUCCAGCAGCACCAGCAGAAGAGAACGGUGAUGGCGACAACAACAAGAAGGCCAGGCUGGAAUAGCAGGCACCAUGCAGGGACUUGGCUGUGCGCUCACCAGACUCUCGUUUCUUAAACACGCGGAACUCAAGACUCCCAAGUCUUGUCCCUUUUUUUAGCCUUAGCAGAGGCCUUGUUUGUCCAUGUCCAGGGAAGGGGGGUGGGAGUGGGUCUGGAUAGCAAGGGAAUGUCGCACUCUUCAUCCGUAACCAUUCCAAAGCGGGAGCCGAGGGCAGAGCUGCCAGCAGGAGCGGCCGUGGCGCAGAACCCUCCGCGGUGGCAGCCUGUGAGCGCAGGAGGAGGAGGAGGAGUAAGGUCCCCCAUUGUCUCCAUGUGGUUGUUGCCAUUUCCGUGCCUGUGAAUUUCUGUUCAGAGGGGAAGAACUUUUUUCACUGUGGAGGUUUUUUUAAUCUGCACCCGGUUAUUUAAGGCCCUUUUCUGUUUUUAUUUGUGAAGCAGUCGGCUGUGGCGCUGCCGCCGUCGCGCCUUGUGCUGUCGUACACUUCCAAUCAAUACUUUUUUCAAACUAAAAGCCCAGAAAAUGAAGCUUUGUUCCU